GAGUGGAGGAGUGGUGUGCGCUAGUCGACGUCAUCGCCAGCCUACCUCUCCCCUCUCCCCCUCUCCCCUCGCUGUCAUUCCUGCCUUCAUCUCAUCCUUCACCAUCUCAUCCUUCACCAUCCAUCCACUCGAUCACUCGCAAACACCUCAAACCAUCAUGGCUUCAAACUCAACCAUGCCUGCUCAGGUCGACGUGCUCAUCAUCGGGGCCGGUCCCACUGGAUUAGGCGCUGCACGUAGAUUACAUCAAUUAAAAAACGAGUCGUAUUUGGUGGUUGAUGAGCAACCGGAAGCGGGUGGACUAGCGUCGACGGACGUGACCCACGAAGGCUUCUUAUUCGAUGUCGGAGGACAUGUGAUCUUCUCACAUUAUCAGUAUUUUGAUGACAUGAUUCGGGAGGCUUUGCCCAACGACUCGGAUUGGUUAACGCACCAACGGAUCUCGUAUGUCCGAAGCAAAAACUCUUGGGUUGCGUAUCCUUAUCAAAAUAACAUCAGUCAAUUGCCAAUCGAAUAUCAAGUCAGUUGCAUUGAUGGUCUCAUAGAUGCUGCCGAGGAACGCUCUCGGGCCGUCGGAAAACCCAAAAACUUCGAUGAAUGGAUCGUCCGCAUGAUGGGCGUUGGAUUGGCAGAUUUGUUUAUGCGACCUUAUAACUUCAAGGUCUGGGGAGUGCCGACAACGAUGAUGCAAUGCGAAUGGCUAGGCGAGCGAGUCGCGGCGCCGUCCUUAAAGCUAGUAGUGAAGAACACCUUGUACAAGAAAGAGGCAGGGAACUGGGGCCCGAAUGCGACGUUCAAGUUCCCGGCGCAUGGAGGGACGGGUCAGAUCUGGAAGGCGGUCAGUCGCUGCAUCCCUCAAGACCGCUUCCGGUUCGCUAGAAGACUGGUCUCCGUCGAUGGCCAACAACGCGUCGCUUGCUUCGACGACGGCUCUAAGGUCGCUUACAAGAAGAUGAUCAGCUCGGUCCCCUUGGAUCUCUUUUGUGGCUUGGUCGACCAGGAGAAAAAUACGCCUCCUGCGGGUGACUCUCCCUCGCUCAAAUCCGUCGCCGAUGGGCUCGUCUAUUCGACUACGCAUGUCGUCGGCUUCGGCAUCCGUGGCCUCCCGACGGGAGCCAUGAAAGGGAGCUGUUGGCUAUACUUUCCCGAGGAUGAUUGUCCGUUCUAUCGGGUCACUGUCUUCUCCAACUAUUCGCCCAAUAACUGUCCCCAAAAGGAGGCCAAAUUGAAGACCCUUCAAGUCGCCGAUCCGUCGUUGAAUGCACAAGCGGAUUUGAAGAGCGAGAAGGAAGGGCCUUAUUGGUCAUUGAUGUUGGAAGUUUGUCAAUCGAAGAUGAGGCCAGUUGAUGAGCCGAAUCUGAUCAAAGACUCGUUGAAAGGCUUGAUCAACACCCAAAUGAUCGAGCCGAAUGCCGAGAUCGUUUCGAUCUACCAUCGCAAAUUCGAUCAUGGUUAUCCUACUCCCAGUCUUGAACGUGAAAGUCAAUUGAAAACCUUGUUGCCUGCGCUUCAAGAGAAGUAUGGGAUCUGGUCUCGUGGAAGAUUUGGAUCUUAUCGAUACGAGGUCGCUAAUCAAGACCAUUCUUGUAUGAUUGGAGUGGAAGCUGUUGAUAACAUCUUAUUCGGGACGCCUGAGAUGACUUUGAACGAGGCGGAUUGGGUGAAUGGACGCAAGAACACCGAACGUCGCUUGGAUUAGUCUUUCAUCUUCUGCUUGGAUUGAUUCUACUCACUUACAUAUAUAUCAUCGGGCUUGUUGUUGUUUGUUUGUUUGUUUGUUUGUUUGU